AUGGCCACGCUGCUGUACACGAUCAUCGGCAUGACGGCUUCGGCCUCGCUGAACUGUGCGGUGCGGCGUGAAAUAUCGCCCUGCACCUGUUCGCCCGGCCUGUUCGCGAACAACAUCGACGUCAAGUGCGAGCAGAUGGAAUCGUUCGGGCAGGUGGUGAACGCGCUCCAGGAUCGGUUCACCGAGGAUCACAACAUCUGGCUGACGAUCUCCCACUCGCAGCUGCUCGACCUGGCCGCCCUGUCGUUUUGGGAGAUGAACAUGAACAUCAAGUCGCUCCGGAUAAACUUUGACAAUCUGAGUCAGCUACCGGUCUCAUCGUUCCGCAAUUUACCCCGGUUGGAUCUGUUCAGCGCAGCGGACAAUCUGCUCGAGGAGAUACCACCGGAUAUGUUCGAACAGAUGCCCAAUCUCGGUACGCUCGAUCUCGCCCGGAGCCGUAUCCGCUACAUCUCGGGCGACACCUUCCGCCAUCUGCAGAACCUGCGCCACCUGAUCAUGGGCAACAAUCAGCUGCAACGCGUCGACACGGACGCGCUGCCGAAAACGAUCCACUCGCUGCAGCUCAGCGUGAACCAGCUGCGCUCACUGAACGGUAGCAUUCGCCAUCUGGACGAGCUGAAGCUGCUGCUGAUCAACGAAAACAAUCUCACCACGCUCGACGGCGAGCUGCCGCUCGGUUCGCCGAACCUGAUCAUGAUUACGGCACAGCACAACCAGCUCGAGCAGCUGCCCGCUGAGCUGCGGUUUCUGAAGAAUCUGGACAACCUGUGCGUGCCUGGCAACCGGCUGCGCUCGCUGGAUGGGCUGCUGGCACGGGCCACCCACCUGACGAAGCUGCUCGCCCAGGACAACCAGAUCAGCGAACUGCGCCGGGACGAGUUCCUGGAAGCGGAGCGGCUCGAGGAGCUGAACCUCGCCGGCAACUGGUUGGCACAUCUGAACGGAUCGCUGCUCAACUGCAAGGGACUGAUCAACGCGAACUUUAGCGAGAACCGUCUGCAGGAGUUUUCCCUGCAGGAGGUGGCCGGUCUGCGGAAGUUGCGCCUGCUCGAUCUGUCCCACAACCGGAUCGAGGUGCUGAGCGGCCGGAUGGAGAACAUGAUCGACUCGGGGCUGAUCAUUUCCGAACUGCGGCUCAACAACAAUCGGCUGCGAUCGCUUGACGGUGCGCUGAUGGGGCUGAACAAUCUGCGCAUCCUGAACGUGGCACACAACGAGCUGCAGACGAUCACACCGAACGAUCUGAUCGGCAUGGAGGAGCUAGAGCGGCUGGAUCUGUCGUUCAACCAGCUCAAGACGCUGGAGGAACUGUCCAAGACGUUCCUGCCUUCGCUGGAGACAAUGAAUGCGUCCUACAACCAGCUGACGACGAUGCACAAGGACUUCCACGGACUGCCUGUACUGUGUGUGGCGGAUCUCUCGAAGAACAUGAUCCGAGAGCUGUCCGUCGAUCUCGUGUCGAACACACGCUGCAGCAACCAUGGCGUCCCGAACCGGCUGGAGAUCUUCCUCGAUGAAAAUCCCGUCCUCUGCAACGAAUCGCUACCGGAGCUGAUCAAUCAGAUGGAGUUCUAUCACACGCGUCUAAACGGUGUAGCGCACUGCAUUGUACCCCAGCAGAUGCCAGUAGAGACACCGAUCUUCAUCCAACCACCGAUCGCCAUGCUGCAGCCGCUGCUGAAACCUCAAGCCCCACUCGUACCAUCGAACGUCAUGAUCCAGCCACCGUCGAUCGUGCAGAUACUCGUCCCCUCGACACUCGUCAUGCCAGCGGCCGCCAUUGCCCCACCACCACCGCCACCACCACCAUCCGCAUCGGCCACUCUUGCGAUGACCGGCCCUAUCGCACCGAUUCUACCCGCUGGUGUACCACUCACCCUUGCCACCGUCGCACCGAUACCGAUCCUCUACGAGACUUCCACCAGUGCGCCGGCUCCACCGCCACCGCCAGCCUUCCAUCCACCGAUCGGACCGUCCGGGGUCGUCAAUGCCGGUGUGUCUCUCUCCACCAGUGGACCUUCGCUUCCGAACAGCAUCCCACAGACGCAUCUGCCGGACCUACCCGCGAACGUUGCCGACGACGAGCUGGACGAUGAGCCGGGUGUCAGUGUGCUCACGAUCCCGCAGCAGCAGCCGUACGACGAGCUCAAGUACGAAACCGCUCCAGCGCAGGAGGAAUCGCACGCUCACCAUUCGGGAACAGGCAGUACCGGGCCGAGCCAUACGCUGCACGCCGACAACAACGACAUUGGCCGAUCGGGGGUAGUCGACCCGAACGGGGGCGACCCGGUGGAUGGGACGAUCACGCCCAGCACAACAACCACCACCACGAUGCAGACGAUCCUGGAGUUCAAGAACCUCAUCCACGACGGUAGCUCAUCGUCGUCCGCCAUACUGGUACUGCCACCGGAGGUCCUACCGUUGCCGCUGGACAAAGCGCAAGGGUUGGCGACGGAACCGGAGGAGGACCCGCCAGAAACGCAACAGGACCAGAACGUGGAGUUGGACGGUGAUUUGCAGUGA